CCUCCAUGUUUGCUGACGUCAAGCGGAUCCGGUGACGUCACCAAUGUGCGCCGGCGGCUUUCUAUUUUUCUUUUUUUGUUUAGAGGCGGUUUUAUCUUCUGUUCUCUCGACGAAUAAGAAGCAGUUUCCUUUCAUACAGAAUGCCUCUUCCUCCGGCACUUCUGGCCCGCUUGGCCAAGAGAGGGAUUGUUAAACCAUCAGAUCAAGCAGAAACAGAUGAGGAGAUUAUUGCUGAAGAUUACGAUGACAACAAUGUGGAUUAUGAAGCCACCAGAUUAGAGAAUUUACCUCCAAACUGGUACAAAGUGUUUGAUCCGGCUUGUGGUCUUCCUUACUACUGGAAUGCAGAGACAGAUAUGGUUGCCUGGCUAUCACCAAAUGACCCCACUGCAGUGAUAACAAAACCUGCCAAGAAAGUGAAAGUUGAUGUCGUUGAUGAAAGAGCAGAAAGACCAUUUGAGAAGUCAGAGAAGGAACGAGAACGGGAAAGAGACCGUGAGCGAGAACGGGAAAGAGACCGGGACAGGGAGAGGGACAGAGAGCGAGAACGGGACAGAGAGAGAGAUCGAGACCGGGAUGAGGGGAGGGACAGAAGGAAACAGAGGAGAGACGACAUUGCACCGUAUGGCAAAAACAAAAGAGGAAGAAAAGAUGAUGAGAUGGACCCCAUGGAUCCAAGUGCUUAUUCUGAUGCUCCAAGGGGCUCUUGGUCAAGUGGUCUCCCCAAACGCAAUGAAGCAAAGACAGGCGCAGACACGACAGCGGCAGGGCCGCUGUUCCAGCAGCGACCGUACCCAAGUCCUGGAGCUGUGCUGCGAGCUAACGCUGCUAACCAUCCACCCAAGGAGUGAACGGAGAUCUUGUGAAGACAGCUGCAAACACACAAGUGUACUGAUGAUAGUUCUUUUGAGCACAUCUAAACAUGUUUUUAUUUGUAGAUGUGUGCAUGUCAGAUUCAGUGCUUCCACACUCACAUCAAAUAUGUUGUAAAUAUGUUUUAUAUUAAAGAUUGACAUUUUUGUUGCUACUAGAACCACCUCUGACCGUAAGAAAUUUCAACAUUGCUGUGAAACCUACCAUUCAUGUCUUUUCUUAAUGAAAUAAACAUCUGUAAAAACACAA